AUGCCGCUAAAUAAUGAACAAAUUUCGAGUGGCGGUACGUCAACCCAGUUCGAUGUGAACGAACUGGUAAGAGCACUACUCGAACAGAAUCGAUUACGAGAACAACAGAUGGACGCAAUACUGUCCAAGUUAAUGGAGAAUAAAUCUGAAGUGCCUGUGACGACGACUAUGUUACCUACCAUCAUGCAAACGAUACCAAAAUUUAACGGUGAAUCGGGUGAUACGGACGUAGCCUCGGAGUGGUUAAAUGCGUUAAACACUGCCUCCGUGCUGAACAAGUGGCCCGAUGAAUGCACGUUGGAAGCCGGUCGAUCACAAUUGGAAGGAGCUGCGAAACAAUGGUACCUGAGUCACAUGGACCAACUGGACACUGUAUCUAAGUUCACGGCAGCAUUUAAGGCGAUGUUCACUAGUCGGGAAAGUGUUACCGAAACGUGGAAGAAAAUGAGUGAACGGGUACAACAGCGUGAUGAGACGGUGUUCGCCUAUUUUCACGAAAAAGUAAGAAUGUGUCGACGAUUACAACUGAACGCAGCAGAGACAAAAAAAAUGAUAUGUAUAGGAUUACAUUCCAGAGAAAUGUCUACUGCACUACUGAGUAACGGACAUGUUGACGAAGCGGAGCUCCUGACAGAUAUACGCACGUACAUGGAGGUGGAGGCAAAUCGUAGUGAGAGGUUUUCGUCAGUAGUAACCCACAAGAAACGAAACAUAUCGUCAGGGUCUGUAAGAAAAGUUUCGGAUACUAGUCGUAAGGAUGAUGAUGAUGUGUCCACAAAAGUCAAUACGUUACGACGUGAAAAGGAGGGUCCGCGAUGUUAUAACUGCCAGUUAUACGGUCACAUCGCCCGUGACUGUACUCAACCGCGGAAACCGAUGCAUUGCAAGAAAUGUGAUAAAAGUGGACAUACUAUUAAGUAUUGUAAGGCAAAUAUUCCAGAAGUAAAUGUGGUCUGUACUCAAACAAAAGGACAAGUGAUGUGCUAUAUUAAAGAGGUACGGAUCAAUGAACAUGAUAAGCCGAUCAAAGGACUGAUUGACACUGGAAGCGCAUACUCAAUACUUCGGAAAUCGAUUGCGGUGCGUUAUGGUUUACACGUGGAACCAAAAAGGGUCAGUAUGUUGGUAUAUGGGAAUACACAGUCUGUAGAAAGUUGUGGUGAAACGUGGGCUACAAUCAGCAUCGAUCAAGUGAGCGAGAAAAUCCCAUUGAUCGUAGUGGACGAUCGGAUGCAGAAUUAUGAUGUAAUCAUAGGAAGGACGUUUACGGAAUGCAACGAAGUAACAUUUAUCAAAACAAACGAACAAUUACUGUUCGCUUACGGUAUGCGGUUUCCCUACCAUGAUGACGAUAUACCACCAAGAGAUCCACAAGUGUAUGACACGAGAAUAAUUCAAUCAAUUGAAAAACUACCUGCUAAUAGUGCGAAACUAGUUGAAGUACUGGCUGGAGAUCAACAGAUGGAGGUGAUGAUCAUAAAUGACAGCAUUAAAGAAGUAGAGUUGCAACAUGGAGCUAAGGUAGGUACAAUUCGCGUGAAUAACAAAACACCACAAAUUAGUGAUGAUGACGUGGUGGAGCAGAUCACUGCAGAGAAGGUGAACAUGGGUCCCAUGCUCACGGAGACCGAGAUAUGUGCACUGCUGGAACUCUUAAAUUCAUAUCGCAUGUGUUUUGCUUCUAAUCUGAAAGAACUGGGCUGUACCGACGUCAUACAGAUGGACAUUGUGGACACUGGGCAACCGGUAGUUGGUAGGCCAUAUCGAGCUAGUGCAACAGAACGUGAGACUAUCAGUCGAAUCGUCAAGGAGUGGAAGGAUGUUGGAAUAGUGACUGAGACCAACUCCCCUUAUGCAUCACCGGUAUUGUUAGUAACCAAAAAGGACGGAGACGCCCGAUUAGUGGUUGGCUACCGAAAACUUAAUUCACAAACGGUACGCAAGGUGUUUCCAACCCCCAACCUGGAUGACCAUUUAGAAUCAUUGUACGGAGCCAAACUGUUCACCACGUUAGAUCUCGCCUCGGGUUACCUGCAAGUGCCGCUGACUGAGUCAGCAAAAGAGAAGACCGCCUUUGUGACACCUAGUGAAUCUGGACAGUUCGAACGCAUGGUUUUCGGCCUGAUCAAUGCGCCGUAUGAGUUUUCUCGGCUCAUGCAGAGGAUAAUGAGCCCAUUAAGAGACAAGGUGGCCAUGUGGUAUUUAGAUGAUAUUUUAAUACCAUCUACCACAAGUGAUGAUAUGUUCAAACGGUUGAAACAAGUAUUAGAAGUGCUCAAGGAGGCUAAGUUAACAUUAAAAUUGAGUAAGUGUUAUUUUGCCUAUCCCGAAGUUGCUUAUUUGGGUUAUAUGUUGUCAGCUGAUGGUGUCCGACCGGGAGAGCAGAAGGUGCAGGCCAUACAGCAGUAUCCAAGACCAAGGAACAAACAUGAGGUGCGCAGAUUCUUGGGAUUAUGCGGAUUUUUUCGACGGUUCAUACCACGCUAUUCGGACAUAGCUAGACCAAUCAGUGAGUUACUCAAAGAUAAGGUACCUUAUAUGUGGACAACACUACAGGAAGUUGCUUUCCAAACUAUGAGGGUUAAACUGGUUAGCAGACCUGUCCUGCAGCUGUACAACCCCACAGCGCAUACAGAAGUGCAUUGUGAUGCCAGUAGUGAUGGGUUGAGUGGUAUGCUGCUCCAAAGGAACGGCGAUGGAGACAACCCGCUACACUUAGUUCAUGCAGUGUCCAAAAAGACCACACCUGAAGAAAGAAAUUACCAUUCGAGCAAGUUGGAACUAAUGGCUGUGGUUUGGAGUUUAAAUAAGUUGCGGCACUACCUGAUAGGUAUUAAGUUCUUAAUAAUAACGGAUUGUCAAGCUAUAGUACAUUUAAAUACUCAGAAAACUGUUAACCCACAAGUAGAGCGCGUCAACAGCACUCUAGUACCAGUGAUGCAGUCAGCCAUGGGGUCAGAUCGGACCUGGGACAGACACAUUUCAGAUGUGGAGUGUCACUUGAACAAUGCGUACAAUAAGACUAUAGGUGAUACACCUUUCCACGUUUUGUUCGGGUACUACCCAAGUUUCAGGGAUGGUGUACUACAUCAUGUCACAAAAGUUGAUGAAUGGGAUUCAACAGCAGAGAUCCAAAGUAAGAUACGAGAGCGCAUUACAAAGGAACACCAGAUGUGGAAGCAACGAUAUGACUCCAGGCAUGUUAAACCAAUGCAGUAUAGUAUUGGAGAAGCGGUGUUCAUAAGGAAGCCACCGGAUGCUACAGGAGAGUCGACCAAACUACAGUUUAAGUAUCGAGGGCCGCUAGUGAUAACAGAUGUAUUACCUAACGAUACGUACCGAGUGUCAGCACUACGGACAGAGGCUGGUAAACGUUAUGCAACAGUAGUACAUGUGUCACACAUAAAAGGAUAUCAUUUACCUGACAAUGAAGAACCAUUCGACGGGAACAAAGAUAACGAACAAGAAGAUGUACCAACCGCUGUAAACGAAGAGGUAGAGCAGACUGAGUCUGUCAAGAUACAUUCCAAGCGAGAGAGGAAAGCUCCUGUUUGGCAUGCAUCGUACAAGAUGUGA